CACGGGAGACAAGAAUGUCACUGGGCGAAUCAACAACCUGAUUACGAGCGACCUCGCGAGUAUUCACCAAGUGCGCAACGCGCUCAACGUCUUACGUUCGCUUCAGAGUUGCUCUAUGUCCCGGCAUUGCUUCUGAGGCAUUGUAGUUGUGGAGAUCCGUUCAUGCUCGGUUUGGGCAUAUGGUUCCUGUACUCGAUCCUUGGGUGGAGCGCCUUUGUGGGGCUUGCCGUUCUGAUCUUGCUGUUCCCGGUUCCCGGACGCAUGGCAAAGCUAAUCCGAACAGUGCAAGCUGAAAAGAUGAAGAAGACUGACGCCGGGUGCAAACUAUGAUCGAAGGUAAGUACUGCAUAUGAUAUUUCGUCGUAGCACAACACAUCGCUCCUUCCAUACAGUCAUCAGUGUCAUCCGCAUGAUAAAGCUCUUCGGCUGGGAAUCCCGUGUGUCACAACAGAUAGCUGAGAAACGUCAUGACGAACUGGAGGCGGUGAAGAAAUCUAGGAUGUGGGAGCUAGCGAACAGCAACGUGAAUCUCGUCAUUCCACUGCUGACAAUGAUUGUAACAUUCUCGACAUAUACGCUAAUCAUGAAGCACGAGCUGACUGCAUCUACCGUCUUCUCCUCGAUCACAGUGUUCGGCAUGCUGGGGAUGCACUUGCGUAUGGCAUUCAACAUGAUACCAGGCAUCAUGCAAGCCAAAGUAUCACUCGAUCGCUUGGACAAUUUCCUACGAAACCAACUCUCAUCGUCCCAGCACCCUGAGAGUCGUGAUACCAUUGGGUUCCGCGAUGCCACAUUCACCUGGACUAACGAUAUAAGUGGUCCGGAGAUUACGGGACUCGAAAGCGGCAGGCGACGUUUCUCUCUACACAUAGAUGGCGAAGUGUCCUUCGAACACGGAUGCAUCACCCUUAUCGUUGGCCCCACCGGUUCCGGAAAGACGUCAAUGUUGAUGGCCCUUCUAGGGGAGAUGCACUAUGUUCCGUCAGGUCCUAGUUCCUUCUACAACCUCCCUCGCGCUGGCGGGGUCGCAUACGCAGCGCAAGAGUCGUGGGUGCAGAAUGAGACGAUAAAGGAUAAUAUCUUAUUUGGAUCACCAUACAGCGAGGAGCGUUACCAGAGAGUCAUCUACCAAUGUGGCCUCGAGCGUGAUAUCGACUUAUUCGAAGCCGGUGACAUGACGGAAGUCGGAGAAAAGGGUAUAACUCUCAGAAUAACGCUUGCUCGUGCCGUAUACUCCUCUGCAGAGAUUCUUCUGCUCGACGAUGUCCUUGCCGCACUCGAUGUGCACACCUCGCAAUGGAUCAUAAACAAAUGUCUGCGCGGAGAUUUAAUGGAGAACCGAACUGUAAUCAUGGUAACCCACAACGUGGCCAUUGCGAGUACAGUAGCUCAGUUCAAGGUCACUCUCGGGCCGGGUGGGCGCGUAUCGAGCCAGGAACUCAUCCAGGAUAUUCGCGGGCAGACUCAAGCACUAGGCAUGGGACAAGACUCGCAAGAGCAAGGGUACAAGCAGGGAGGUGACCAAAGGCCCGAGGGUCUUGUGAAGUCAUCGGGCAAACUCGUCAUAGCCGAAGAAAUCGCCGUAGGACGGGUUGGGUGGGGCGCCUUGAAACUGUUUCUGGCAAGGAUCGGAGGACAACACCAGAUUUUCUUCUGGUCUUUCUGCCUGCUCACGUUGAUAGCGUCAGAGCUACUUGCAAAUCUUCAAGUGUGGUUCCUUGGCUACUGGGCACGGCAGUACGAGCAGCGACCCGCAAGCGAAGUAAAGGCCUCCUACUACCUGGGGUUCUAUGCUGGAAUGAUUGUCGUAUCAGUUGCGUUCUACUGCAUCUCCCUCACGUCAUAUUGGUUGGGGACCAUCAGGGGUGGUCGCUCGAUUCAUGAAUCCUUGAUCUCGUCUGUACUCGGUACAACACUUAGGUGGCUCGAUCGAACUCCAGCCUCUCGCAUCAUUGCCCGUUGUACACAGGACAUCCAAUCAGUCGACGGGGAGAUCUCCAAAACAUGGGGCGUCAUCAUGGAGCUCAACAUAUCCAUGCUCAUCAAGGUCGUUGCCGUAGUUAUCAUGUCACCCAUCUUCCUCGUCGUCGCUGUCGCGGUGGCCAUCGCGGGCGGACUUGUUGGCCAGAUUUACAUGAAGGCUCAACUCACCGUCAAGCGCGAGAUGAGUGUCGCGAAGGCACCUGUUCUCGGGCACUUCGGUGCUGCAUUUGCGGGGCUGGUGUCCAUCAGGGCGUAUGGUGCCCAGGAUGCCUUCAAAGAGGUUUCUUAUCAGCGGAUUGACCGGUACACCCGGGCGGCACGAACGUUCUGGGAUCUGACUCGCUGGGUUGCCGUCCGGAUCGAGAUGCUCAGCGCGAUCUUCGUCUCCAGCCUCGCAGCAUACCUGCUCUACGCUCGCGGGACAACCGCGUCAGAUACCGGGUUCUCUCUCAACAUGGCAGUUGGAUUCAGUGGCUACAUUUUGUACUGGGUGCGGGUCUGGAACGACUUCGAGAUUGCUGUAAUAUUUUGUAGUCUUGAGCGCAUCAAGCAGUAUGUGGAGAUUGAGCAAGAGCCCAAACCGACGCAAGACGGCACCCCUCCCGCUUAUUGGCCAGCGAGCGGCGAUCUGAAAGUCGAGAAGUUGUCCGCAAGGUACUCGGAGGACGGCCCUCUUGUCCUGAAAGAGAUCUCCUUCGAGCUCAAGUCUGGGGAACGAGUUGGCAUCGUCGGAAGGACUGGAAGUGGAAAGAGUUCGCUCGCCUUGUCCCUGCUUCGGUGUAUACUCAGUGAAGGCAAAGUGUACUUCGAUGGCCUCGCCACGGAUACCAUCAAUCUGGACGCGCUCAGAUCAAGCAUUACCAUUAUACCUCAGAUGCCCGAGCUUCUGAGUGGGACCUUGCGGCGCAACCUAGAUCCACUUGGGCAGCAUGGCGAUCCGCUGCUCAAUGACGCUUUGCGUUCUGCCGGACUGUUCGCGUUGCAGGAAGGGUCGCGGGAGAAUCAUAUUACGCUUGACACACAGAUCGCGAGCGGCGGGGCCAAUCUGUCCGUGGGCCAGAGACAGAUUCUGGCCCUGGCGAGGGCGAUCGUCCGUCAGAGCAAGCUGCUAAUCUUGGAUGAGGCUCACCGUCUGCACACGGUCAUGGACGCUGACAAAAUUAUGGUACUGGAUGCAGGACGGAUGGCGGAAUUUGGCAAGCCUUCCGAGUUGCUCAAGAAUCACAAGGGUAUGCUUCGGGCGCUGGUAGAGGAGAGCGGUGAUGCGCGGGCGCUGUCGAUAUCGCAGGAUUAUAGCAAUUUCACUGCAAUUGUUAGGCUGUUGAAGCUCAAAACACUAUGAGGGACAACUUGAAGUAUC